GAGAGAGAGGGGGGGAGAGAGGGAGAGGGAGAGAAGCCAUGGUGUCCAAGGUGCAGAAGAGAGCCUCAGUGUCCAAGAAACUGCAAUCCCUUCGUUCCAUCUCUAACUCCCAUGCGCACAGUAAAACCUCAAUUAUAUUGGAUGCAUCCAAGUAUAUACAAGACUUAAAGCGAAAACUGGAGCAAAUGAAUCAAGAGAUCAUUGCCGCAGCGCGUAGCUCAUCUGCGGCGCAAAAUCCCUUCCCGAAACUCAAAGUUGAGCCUCGAGAGGGAGGCUUUCUUAUCAAGAUGUUCGCUGAAAGGAGCUGCAGUGGGUUGCUUGUUUUCAUAUUGGAAGCUUUUGAGGAGCUAGGCCUUGAUGUGCAUCAAGCUAGGGUUUCUUGUUCCAACAAUUUUCUUCUAGAAGCAGUUGGAACAAUUAAUGAUAAUCAAAGUGCUGACCAGAAAGAUGCUCAGGCAGUGAAAGAAGCGGUGUUGCAAGCCAUUCAAAACUGGAGUGAAGUUACCCAACAAGAAUAAUAAUGCAAGCAGACUCAAUUCUUGAACUCAUCGUUUUCUACUUCCCUUUUUCAGAAUUAAUGUCCUCUCUCUCUCGUUUUUCUUUUCUUCUUUCCACUCUCCCCUAAUGUUUUUGUACGUCCAAAUCAGUGGUUGUCUCGAGCAUAUAUAUAUAGGUUACAGAUUUAUUAA